UUUCCCCCAACUGGGGAAUCAAUUCCCUCCACCAGAAUCGCUUCGGGAUACAGAAACAGAAAUCACCCCAGGUCUCAUUUAAACAGAGAACAUACUCUACAUACUCCCAAGAUGAGUGAGCAGGAGGUCACUUACUCAACUGUGAGAUUUCAUAAGUCUUCGGGGUUGCAGAACCAAGUGAGGCCUAAGGAGACUCAAGGGCCCAGAGCAGCUGGCCACAGAGAGUGUUCAGUACCCUGGCAGCUCAUUGUGAUAGCUCUUGGAACCCUCUGUUUUCUUCUGCUGGUAACUAUUGCAGUGUUGGCAAUAAACAUUUUUCAGUGUAGUCAACAAAACCAUGAGCUGCAGGAACCUUUAAACUGCCACCAUAACUGCAACAACAUGCAAUGUGACAUUGACUUAUUAAAAGAAGAACUGCUGAGAAAUAUGUCUGAAGAUUGUUGGAGAGGCUACAAUCUUCAGAAAUGCCCCAAUAGAGAAGAGAACAGAUGGUACAGCAAAACCAAGACUGUUUUAAAUUCCUCACAGUGCAUAGGAAGAGGUGAAAUACACUGGUUCUGCUAUGGUAUAAAGUGUUAUUAUUUUAUCAACAAUGAUAGAAAAUGGAAUGGAUGUAAUCAGACCUGCCAUAAUAUCAGCCUAUCCCUUCUGAAUAUUGAUGAUAAGGAUGAACUGGAGCUCCUUCGGUGCCAGAUUAUUCCAGACACUUACUGGAUUGGACUGAAAUAUGAUAAUAAAAAAAAUGAAUGGAGAUGGAUUGAUAAUGGCCCAUCUAUACUAGAUUUGAUGACAAUAAAAUCAGAGAAGAAAACAGGAGGCUGUGCGGUUUUCAGUAUGACAGGUAUACAUAGUGAUGACUGUGGUAAAAAACAUCCCUGUAUCUGUGAAAAGAGAAUGGACAAAGUCCGUGCAUCAGUGUGCAGUGUGAAGGAAAGGUCUCAGUCUGAUGUGCAAAUAGAGAGAUGAGCUGUAAAGGGAAGAAAUGUUUUUCUGAAAUCUGGCUUAAUAGAGAAGAAGUCAUAUUCCUUUCUGGCACAUGGAGCAGCAUGCAUGUGGAGAAUGGACACCCUUUGUUUCAAGACCCUAAAGAUUCACUCACAUUGUCUCCUGAUUGACACAGAA